CGGCCGCAUAGAGGGGGAGGGUUCCAGGGUCCGCACCCGGGUUUAUGAGAAUUCUAGCUCGGUAUAUCGGUUUACGGUCCCCUCUCAACCCUCAGAACAGAACAGAGGGGCGGGACGGGCAGCGGGGAUUGAGGGGAGUCCACAGGUAGGCAGGAGGCGGGGUAUUCGGACUCCUGGGCAGUGCUUGGAGAUCCUCGCUUAGCUUGGGAGCUAUCCCCCGAAGGGCGAUGACUACCGUGACCGGCUCGGGCGAAGGCUUCGGCUCGGUGGCCUGGUGGGGCCUGUCCCCAGCGCUGGAUCUGCAGGCCGAGUGCCCUCCCGAUGCCUCCAGCCCCGGGGACCCCCCGGAACUCGACAUUCUUCUCCUGGGCUCGGUGGACGCACGGCAUAUUCUGCGGACCCUGGCCCAGGCUCAGCUCUGGCCCCUUCGGAGGCUCAACUUCUUCGUACUGGAGAACAACCUGGAGGCGGUGGCCCGCCAAAUUCUAAUCCUCAACCUGGCCUUCGAGCCUCCGGAGAAGAUGGGCCUUCAAGAAAAGAGCGAGAUGUUCUUGGAGUUAUGGGGGAACGGGCUCGUGCGGACCCAGGUGGCCGAGUACGUUCGAACUCAGUCUCAGCGCAUGCGCCGCCUCUUGCCUGAGCCGGAUGACCUAGCGGCCCAGCUUCCCCAGCUCAGCCUGGAAGCGCUCAAGUUUCGGGAGCGGGACUCGCUGGAGGCCGUGUUCAUUUUCUGGGCAGCCUCCGAGGCCGAGGCCUCCUUCCCCCUGAGCCGCUUGUGGGACUCUCGACUCCGAGGCUAUCUGGGCUCCCGCUACGACGCCCGGCGGGGGGUCAGCGACUGGGACUUGCAUAUGAAGCUGCAUGACCGAGGGGCCCGGGUCAUCAACAGCCAAGAGUUUCGUCGCUGGCGGGAAACCAGUGUGGCCUUCGAGAUUCGGGAUGCUUCGGCCUAUCAACUCCCAAACCGGACCCUGGCGUCUGGGCGUCUGAUGAGCCAUCGUGGUGAGCGAGUGGCUGUGCGAGGCUAUUGGGGGGAUGUGGCUACCGGACCCUUCGUGGCCUUUGGCAUCGAGUCCGAUGAUCAGAGUCUCCUGCUGACCCGCAACGGAACCCCCGUCAAGUGCGCUGGUGAGAUCUCCUUGCACAACGUCACCUCGUUGUUUCGAAGCCUAGUGGCAGCCGGGAAGGAGGUGUCUGGGGCCGAACCUGAGGUCGAGGCAGAGGGCAGGGCCCCCGGCUCUGACCCUGCGAGCUCCAGACCUUUCCGGGUCCACUUCCUGCCCCUGGGGGCCGCCCCGACCCUGCACCAUCGACAUCGCUUCUGCAGCCGCUUUCACCUUCUCUACGUGUCCUGCGGGAUGGUCCACCAGCUGAGCCCGGAGCUGGGGGCCUGCGUGGCUCCUGGGGGACGCCUGGUGGUGGAAUUGGCUAGGUACCUUGUGGACUUGCGGCCUAACCAGCUAGAGAGUUUCUCUGGUCGGGUCCGGGAGCUGGCUGAGGCUGCUGGCUUCGUACCAGAGUCCCACGAGGGUCCCCCCGAAACCUUCGCCCGCUUCUCUCGCAAGCCCCAGCCGGGCCUAGAUGGCCCACCUCCCCAGGGUGCCUCGUGUGUAUGUCAGAAGGCCGAAGCCCCGCCCCUUGAUAGCUUGACUCCUCCCUCAGAGGUUUUGAUCCCGCCUCCUGGGGCCUCUGAGCCCGCCCCCUCUGAAAUUCUGAGUUCAUCGUCAAAUGAAGAUGCUCCUGUGCUAACCCCGCCCCCUGAGGAUUCAGAGUCCGCCCCCUCUGAAAUUCUGAGCCCAUCGUCAAAUGAGGAUGCUGCUGUGCCGACCCCUCCCUUUGAGGAUUCGGAGCUCGCACCCUCUGGCAUUCUUAGACCAACCGCUAGUCCUGCCGUAGCGGGAACGCUGAGCGGGCCCCUUGACACCAUGACUCCGCCCUCAGAUUCUGAGCCUGCCUACGGAUGCGGAGCUAGGGCCCCUGGAAUUCUGACUCCGUCCCCUGGGAACUCCGACCCCUCCCUCUCUGGCAUUCUGAGCCCUGCCCGGGGUCCUGAUGAUCUUGGAAUGCCCUCUGGGAAGCCCGGUCACCUCUCUUCCCCAAAACUCUGACCCCACCUUCGGCAUCUCCGAACCUCCCCCGCCCCCGACAAUUCCGCGUUUGGCUCCGGAUCCUCAGGCUCAUGGGACCCUGACUUCACCGCUGAAUUCUAGCUGGGACCCCUUGGUCCCCGAAUUCUCCCUGCCCCUCCCCCCACCGUCCACGACUAUCUUGGCUCCAGAAUUCUGAUCCUGCUCCCUGGAAUUCUGAGGCUCGCAGGAUUUUGACCUCCCAGGGAGUCAGGACUUGUUAGAAUAAAGAGAG